AAUUAAGACAUAAAAUGACAUAAUCAAAAUGCUAAAUUUAUUAUAAUCGAAAAUUAAAUCUGAAAUGAAUUUGAAAACUUUAUGUAUUAAUUACAGAUGAUCGUGGGAUGGUUGUAUUAUCACGACCGCCCGGUUGAUCCAGAACCACUCUUUGACCUAUACGCGCCGCAUCCCUACUUCACGCCAGACGACGUCGACGAAGCGCUUUUCUUAUCUCGAUUUAGAAAUUACGCAAUGCGUUAUAAUCCUGAAGAAAUCAACAAAUCUAUUUUCCCCAUUUCUUCACUUACUCAUAUGGCCUAUCAGUUUGUCUAUCUGACACGAGAAGGGCAACUCGGUUUCAUUUCUUGUUUGACGCCACGAGGGCUGCGUAGAUUCUUAGGGGAAAGACUAUAUCCUCUUGUUGAGGCAUUGGAGCCUCGUAACGCACCUAAAGUUACCGGAAUGAUUUUGGAGCUUGAAAAUACGGUGAUCCUAGAACUUCUAGAAGUUCCGGAUGCACUGAGAGCAAAAGUUGACGAGGCUAUGGAGACACUGAGGAGACACCACAUGAUCUGAUCGAUGACAACUUUUUUUUCGCAGUUUUAUUAGUGUAAUAAUUCAAUAAAGAUAUAUCAUAAGAAUCUUAUUGAGGGUUUAUUCAUUUUUUUAC